UCCCUGCCGGCUGCCUCCGACUCUGGUCUGAGAGCUGCGCCGUGCGGGACUGGCUCCUUUGGGCGCCCUAAAAGGAGCGCUGCCCGAGAUAGAGCUCGCAGUGCCCCAGUCUCCGCUCCUCAGUCAGUCCAGGUUUUGCGGCCCAUGGCUGCAUCCCAGGCUGAUGCGUCUCAACACAGGCAGGAGAAAAGGCGGCAGCUGGACUCGCGCCGCAGCAAGUGCCGCAUCCGCCUGGGCAGCCACAUGGAGCAGUGGUGCCUCCUCAAGGAGCAGCUGGGCUUCUCCCUGCACUCCCAGCUGGCCAAGUUCCUGCUGGAUCGGUAUACUUCUUCAGGCUGUGUACUCUGUGCAGGUCCUGAGCCUUUACCCCCGAAGGGUCUGCAGUAUCUGGUGCUAUUGUCUCAUGCUCACAGCCGAGAAUGCAGCCUGGUGCCUGGACUGUGAGAAUCUGGGAGCCAAGAUGGGGACCUUGUAUGGGAGUGCUCAGCUGGCCAUACCUUCUCCUGGGGCCCAUCUUCAGAGCCCUCAUCAUCACAGGACCCCAACAUGGUUCUCCUUCCAAAUACUGCGCAGAGAAACUUGUGCCUGGAAAAUCAGAAGCCUGCAGGUUUGGAAUCUGAGCUUGAUAAGAGAACUCUGGAGACCAGGUUGAUCAGUGAGCCAGAAACCCACAAGCCACCCUCUUCCCCUGUUACCCAUGCAUUUAAAGAGACAAGGAUACCUCUUGCCCCAGCUGCUUCCCCCUCUCCUCUUGCUGUGCCAUUUUCAUCGGUCUCAUCAUUGAGUUCUGGAGUUCCUUUGCCUGUGGAUGUCAGGGUGCAGGUCGAGCUCAAUAGAACCUCUCAGGCCGCCUGGCAUACUGAGCUCCUGGCCAGUCCCGGAAGUCAAGCCCAGUCUACUCUGGCUUCAGCCUGUAAUGAGGACACUGAUGAUGCUGCACAAAUUGGCCCGAAGAGAAUUAGGAAAGCUGCCAAAAGAGAGCUGCUGCCUUGUGAUUUCCCUGGCUGUGGAAGGAUCUUUUCCAACCGGCAGUAUUUGAAUCACCACAAGAAGUAUCAGCACAUCUACCAAAAGUCCUUCUCCUGCCCAGAGCCAGCCUGUGGGAAGUCCUUUAACUUUAAGAAACACCUGAAGGAACACAUAAAGCUACACAGUGACACCCGGGACUACAUCUGUGAAUUCUGUGCCCGGUCCUUCCGCACCAGCAGCAACUUAGUCAUCCACCGACGCAUCCACACUGGAGAGAAACCCCUGCAGUGUGAGAUCUGCGGGUUCACCUGCCGCCAGAAGGCCUCCUUGAACUGGCACCGGCGCAAGCACGCAGAGACGGAGGCUACCCUGCGCUUCCCAUGUGAGUUCUGUGGGAAGCGCUUUGAAAAGCCAGACAGUGUUGCAGCUCAUUGCAGCAAAAGUCACACAGCACCGCUCCUGAACCUACAAGAGUCACCUAGACCACUGGAACCUUGCCCCAGCAUCUCUAAUCUGUGACCCUGGAACCCACUAAGGAGUCAAGGCACUCUCCGGCUCUUUGGGUCCAGACCCUGCUCCUGAACACCAGUAAGCAAUGAGCAUUUCCUGACUCUGGUUCAGAGCUUAGAUAUUGAAAUGAUCACCAACAAGAGGAAUGGGUGCCUGGUCCUUGGAAACUAGGGUGACAGGGUAUGGGAUAAGACUGGGGUCUCAGAUAGCUGGACUUCUAAGUUUUCCUAAAGGACAGACAGAAUAAAGCUAGUAUUUUAUUUGUAUGUGUGUGCACAGAACAAAUAUUCUGGCACCUCUAGGCAAGAUUUCUGAUUCCUUUGGAAAUAUUACUGAUAUGCCUCAGUGCACUGUAGAUGUGGAUGAGCCCUGUUACUCUCUCUGCAAGCACUACUGGACACCACCCUGAUGAUCCAGCUUUAGCUUCAUUUCUCAUUUCUUUGUAGCAAUUUGUAAAUUUUCACUGUGGAGUGUCACA